AUGGCCACAAAUACGCCAUUUAACUUCACUGCCUACUUGGAGCAGCCGAUGCCCUGGCAAAAUGAACCGGCCACCAUUCGAGGCAUCGUCAUCACAGUGACGUCGAUUGCGUUUCUCUGCGUCAUAUCUCGCCUCUAUAUACGCCUAGCAGUGCUCCGGAUGCCCGGCUGGGAUGAUGUGUUUGUCGGCUUGUAUCUGGUACGUGGCACCGGCCAGAUCAUGUAUUGA